AUGUUGUCAGUGGGCGUGGUCGUCGUCUACGUGGUGUCAGUGGGCGUGGUCGUCCUCUUCCUUGGUUGGGCGUGGUCGUCCUCUUCCUUGGUGUCAGUGGGCGUGGUGGUGUCAGUGGGCGUGGUCGUCCUCUUCCUUAGCUGCAGCCCCGCCGCUGCUCUCUCAGGUGUGUCACUCAGCUGUCUGCUCUCAGUCCUGAACGGGAACCAGUCGUCUACAAUGGGAGGACGGGGCAAACGAAAGGAGGCUCUACCGGGGGACAGCGGAGCGGGCCUGGCCGAGAAGCACGCACCUGUUCCCGGCUCGACUGUCCCGGACGUGGCCGCUGGUCCGACAGAGUCCAGAGGCUCCGCCUACGGCGUCGGGGAGAAGGUCUACCUCGGGGUCCGGGUCAAGAUGCCAGUGAGGGAUCUCCUGAGGAAGAUCCGCACCGACCAGGGCUUGGAACCUCAUGAUUUCCAGAGGAUGUACGGCAAAAAAGUCAAAGGAGCUGGAAAGAAAGUCAAAAUGCGUGCAGCGCGGCGAACCUGCAUGAGGAAACGCUCCACGAAAAGCCUGGACGAGCUGUCAAUCAUCGUGGAGGUGUUGGAGGAGGACCUCCGGAUGGGCAACACCUGCCGCUCCCCUCCCCAAUCUCUGCCGUCCCCCAACCCUCCGGUGUCCCCCAAGUGGUCUCCAACCGGGUACAACAGUGACGAGUCUGACGAGAUGAUCCCGAGCCCCGACUGCUACGCGGCCCGCCCGGCGGAGUACCAGCCGGUGCUGUGCCCCCCCGGCUUCAUGGACGCCGGCCCCCCCUGGCCUCUCGCCGGCGGAGCGGAGGCGGAGCGGUCCGGCGCCCGGCACUUGGACUGGAACCGGGACCACUCCACUUUCUUCUGGUCUCAGCUUCAGAGAGAGGAGAGCCAGCUGGCGGACGUCUCCGACGCCGAGCUGCUGGCGCCCGACGAGCACGGCAAGACAGCUCUCCACCAGGUGGUGUGCAUUGGAAAGAGGGCGCUGGGCUACGCCAUCGCCAGAAGAAUGGCCGCCUCCAACAGCCUGGACCUCAAAGACUCCGACGGGAUGACGCCGCUCCUCCACGCUGCGAAGCACAACCACCACCUGAUGGUGGCGGACCUGAUCCUCCUGGGGGCCGACGUCAACGAGGCCAACCACUCGGGGAAGACCUGCCUCCACCUCAGUGCUGAGAAAGGCUACACCCGAGUCCUGGAGGUUCUGAAAAACACGAUGUUGGAUGGCAUGUACGUCGACGUUGAAGCCACCGAUAACUCUGGCAUGAGCGUCCUGCAGUGUGCUUCCGUGGCUCUGAAGGCCGCCGUACGGAAUCUGGAAUGCAGAAAGUUCCCGAACCCCACCCAACUGCACACGCUCCGCCAGCAGCAGAUGCUGGAGACCCUGGAGUGUCUGCUGCAGAUGGGCAGCUACCUUCACACCAUGGGGAGCCAGAGUAUGCAACCUAGAUUCGGUUGACCCCCUCUGGCACUUCUGCCCGGCAGGGCUUCUUGGAGACCCGACAGUAAUGUUCUGAGUUGGUUCAGGCUUGAAUGGAGAGAGAGAGACCAUAAUCAUUAUGGGAUGCUUUCUCCCGAGCUCGAGUUCUGACCUGUUUAUGUGCAGCAUCUGGGGUUCCGUGUGUUGGUACAAAUACCUGACUUGCAAACAGGUUGUUUGUUUGAAACCUGCACAGGAACGUCAGAUGCCCUUUGGUUGGUUUCUGUGAAACUUCCAUUGUUUGUUACAUUUGAGUAACACGUCGUCCUCAGUAAGUAAGUCUGUGGAGAUCCAGAUGUUUAAAACCCUAAGAGAAUAUAUUCAUGUUAGUUUUUAGGGUCCAGCUGUUGGUUUUUUUACAAGCCCGAUCCCCAAAACAAAUCCAGCAUAACUUCAAACAUACAGUUUCAGGUUAUAUUGUGAUAUUACAGCUGUGGUGCUACAGUUUUAGGUUCACAGCUGUUUUAAAGUAUAUUCCAAAUGUUUGUCAUUCCAAUAACAGACUUCUUAAUACAUAUAUAUUAAGAGCCAGUAAAUGAAUGUGAUUUAUGAUUUUAAGAUUUUAAGGGGAUUUGUAGCCAUAACAUAUAAAUGCCAGAUAUUUUAAAUGACUUUAGUACUAGUGGAGACAUGUUCUGCUUUACUUUCUCCUACAACAAACUUGUAAACAAGACAAUGUUUUUGUUAUUAAAAGGAAUAUAUUUC